GCCUCCCCGUCUGUGCAGACCGCCUCGUCCACGGUGAAGGGCGCCAUCCAGCUGGGCAUCGCGCACACGGUGGGCAGCCUGACGCAGAAGCCGGAGCGAGACGUGCUGCUGCAGGACUUCGAGGUGGUGGAGAGCUUCUUCUUCCCCAGCGAGGGCAGUAACCUGACUCCGGCUCAUCACUACGGAGACUUCAAGUUCAAAACCUACGCUCCCAUCGCCUUCCGCUACUUCCGGGAGCUGUUCGGGAUCCGGCCCGAUGACUACAUGUGCUCCCUGUGCAAUGACGGUCUGAUCGAGCUGUCGAACUCCGGCGCCAGCGGCUCUCUGUUCUACGUCUCCAGCGACGACGAGUUCAUCAUCAAGACGGUGCAGCACAAAGAGGCGGAGUUCCUGCAGAAGCUUCUGCCCGGAUACUUCAUGAACCUGAACCAGAACCGGCGGACCUUACUCCCAAAGUUCUACGGGCUGUACUGCGUCCAGGCCGGAGGCAAGAACAUCCGGAUCGUGGUGAUGAACAACCUGCUGCCGAGCGCCGUCCACAUGCACAGCAAGUACGACCUGAAGGGCUCCACCUACAAGAGGCGGGCCUCGGCCAAAGAGCGGGAAAAGGCCAUCCCCACCUUCAAGGACCUGGACUUCAUGCAGGACAUGCAGGAGGGGCUGCUGCUGGACGGGGACAAGUACAUCGCUCUGUGCAAGACCAUCCACAGAGACUGUUUGCUCCUGCAGAGCUUCAAGAUCAUGGACUACAGCCUCCUGCUGGCCAUCCACAACGUGGACCAGGCCGCCGCCGAGGCGGUCGCCGGGACCUCGGACCAGCGCCGGCCGCAGGGCCAGAAGUCUCUGUACAGCACGGCCAUCGAGUCCAUCCAGGCCGAGGGCGGAGCUAUGGCUUCAAUGGAGUCGGAGGACGAGACGGGCGGCAUCCCGGCGCGGAACGCCAAGGGGGAGCGGCUGCUGGUGUACAUCGGCAUCAUCGACAUCCUGCAGUCCUACAGACUGGUGAAGAAGCUGGAACAUUCCUGGAAAGCUCUGGUUCACGAUGGGGACACCGUGUCGGUCCACAGACCGCGCUUCUACGCCGAACGAUUCGAGAAGUUCAUGUGCAACCGCGUCUUCAAGAAGAUGCCGCUGAAGGGCUCCCCGUCUAAGAAGCGGCGUGCCAACGGUCCGGGGAAGAAAGGCGUGGGCUUCGGGCCGUCUCUGUCCACGCAGAGCAGCAUCAGCCAGCAGCCCCCCCUCUCUGUGCAGGCCGGCUGGGACGGCGUGGAGGGCGGCGAGGUCGACAGCGCGAUGCAGUCGGACCGCCCUGACCUCCUCCCCAGGACGCCGGCUGCCAGCGGCGCCGCCAGCACUCCCAAAGCCCCACUUCACUCCUCCGCAGGAGCAGAGGCGUCUCCUGUGAACCCGGCAGUGGAGGGGAGCGACGGGACAAAGGAUGAGGAGGACAGCGCCCCCAUGAGGUCAGAGAGCUCCGCUGAGACGUUCUUUUAUCUUUAUUUUCAGUUUCCUCUGCAGGUAAGCGUCCCGGAUCAGUUGGGGGUUUGUUUGCUGUUUAUCAUUGUCUUGAAUUACGUCAGCAAGCGACAAGAAGUUUCCAAAAUGGGGCUGGAAAGUACGAUGGUCUGUGUGGACAACAGUGAAUACAUGAGGAAUGGAGACUUCCUGCCAACCCGGCUACAGGCGCAGCAGGACGCCGUCAACAUCGUCUGUCACUCCAAAACCCGCAGCAACCCGGAGAACAACGUGGGCCUCAUCACCAUGGCGAACAACUGUGAGGUCCUCACCACUCUGACCCCGGACACCGGACGCAUCCUGUCCAAACUGCACGCCGUCCAGCCCAAAGGGAACAUCUGCUUCUGCACCGGCAUCAGGGUCGCUCACUUGGCUCUUAAACACAGACAAGGGAAAAACCACAAAAUGAGGAUCAUAGCUUUUGUUGGGAGUCCUGUGGAGGAUAAUGAAAAGGAUCUGGUCAAGUUGGCAAAGCGCCUAAAAAAAGAAAAGGUGAAUGUGGAUAUCAUCAACUUUGGAGAAGAGGAGGUGAACACGGAGAAGCUGACGGCGUUCAUCAACACUCUCAAUGGCAAAGAGGGAACCGGCUCUCAUCUGGUCACGGUUCCUCCAGGACCCAGUCUGGCCGACGCCCUGCUGUCCUCGCCCAUUCUGGCGGGUGAGGGGGGGUCCAUGAUGGGACUUGGUGCCAAUGACUUUGAGUUCGGUGUGGAUCCCAGUGCGGACCCAGAGCUGGCGCUG